GCUUCGGCCGAGGCUACCGCCAUGGAUCAGGAAGAGGGGCUGAAGGCCGUGGACAAUAUCGUCACUCAGUUCAACACCUACGAAGAUUUCCUGGACUCGCAGAUCACUACCGUGGACUUGUACUACCUGGAGGAUGAAACCCUGGCCCGCCAGUUGGUGGAGCUAGGCCACCGAGGGACUGGAGAGAGAGUGAAAAGGGAAGAUUUUGAAGCAAGGAAAGCAACUAUAGAGAUUGCAAGGCUGGCUGAAAGAGCUCAGAAAAAGACUCUAACAAGUGCUGGUAAAGACUUACAAGAUAACUUUCUGAUGGCCCUGGCAAUGAGAGAAGAAGACAAUCGCAACGGAAAACUGAGUUCCGUGAUCUUUAUUCGUGACAGAAAUUCUCAUGGGCAAGAGAUAUCAGGAUACAUCGACUAUGCCCACAGGCUGAAGAUUGAAGAUUUUGAAGUCUACUUUAGUGGGAAAAAAAGACUUCUUCCAAGGCCCAAAGAUAUGAGCUUUUACAACUGGGACACUAAUAUUGCUGUUUGUAACUCAAGUCCCAACUAUCAAGUGAUUGCUGAUAAUCCAGAAGGCUUACUUUUCAAAUUCAAAAGAGACAGAAAAAUUCUCAAUGUGGACCCAAAGUUCUGGAUUUUGGAUUUCCAAGAUCAAGUGUCAGUAGGUCUGGUUUCUUCCAAGGCCUGUCUUCUUGGCUCACCGAUGGCAAUCUUCUCUGGAUGUCCUCACAUGCUCUUCCCUCUCUGUGCACAUCCCCAGUAUCUUUCUGUGUAUCUAAAUUUGCUUUUCUUAUAAGAACACCAGCCAGACUAGAUUAAGGUCCACUAUGCUAACCUCAUUUGAACUUAAUUAUCUCUUUAGAACUCAUAUGUCUAACAGACGAGCAUAUAGUUUUCAACAUAUGAAUUUUGGACAGACAAUUCAGACCAUAGCAUGACACAUAGAUUCCAAGCAUCUAGGACAUUUCCCAGUGAUUAGACACUCAUGGCCAAUUCUAAGCCAAGUCUAGACCUCUGAGGAUUCCAGCAUCAUGCCUUUCAAAUUAAGGCUGUCUUGUUGUCUACGUGCCCUGAAUUCAAAUUUCUUAUUAUCUAAUACUCAUAAUCUGAUUUGAGUUUUUAUCACCAACUGAGGUUGACCAAUCAUCAAUGAGUCUAUGCAUGGUGUCAUUCUAUUUCUAAAUUGUUUUCAUAUUCUUUCUAUUGGCCAGGAUACAACCGCUAUGCAAGAUUCAAUGGCAUCUGAUUGUAUUGAGAAUAUCUCUCAAGUCUUACCUUGACCUGUUGUCACAGUUCUAAAGUCACACUAAUGCAGCUAUUGGAACUUGGAAAGUCCUUUGUGAAAACUUAUUGAGAAGAUUUCCACCCAGUAAAGAAGAGAGAGCAAUUAGGGAACUGAUAUGAAUGAGUUCAGGUACACUAAGAAAGUAAUUUUAACUUGAAGCUAAUGGUUGAAUGCAAAACCAAGGAAAGGGGACAUGUGAAAUGUACAUGAUAAUCUCCACAAAGAACAGUGAGCCAAAGGGCAGGACUGAAGAAGGAACUAGCCAACUGAAGGGAAAUGAAACAUAGGAGUGGAACAAUGCAGUAAAGAGUAAAGCACAUUAAGAACCAGACU